AUGCACCUCUGGUUUCGGUGCCAGGCAAGAAUUCUUGCCAUCGCUGGGCUUUGCUUGUUGUGCUCGGGUCAAGCGCUGCCAGCAGUGCCAGCAGGUUGGAUGCUCACAAGGCCGCAAAAACAGGAUUUAACGAAAUGGCCUGAGUGCAACAGGCAGCCGAACUUUGAAAGAUGGCUGCGCAGUUUUCACACUGUCCAGAAGCCUUGGCAUUUGGCCUUGGAUGGUGUGGCAUCCGAGGAAGACAGCUGCAUUUGGAUCCAUGACGUGGUGGAGAUGCUUUUAAGGAAACCACGGGAUCCGAAGGUCAUUUCCGUUUUAGAAGUGUGCCACAAACCUAUGCACCAUCAAGGGAGUUCAGGCCUGGAAGAUGCGACAGGGUCCUACUGCGACGACCCCGAUUUCGAUGUGAUGGAUGAAGGCCGUUGGGAGAGAGCAUGCCCCCUGGUGCCAGGCAUUGUUGCAGAAGGCGCCCUCAAUCCUUGCGCAUCUCGGUUUCGAAUGAUCGAUGGCCGGCAUCGCAUUUGCAAGCUCAAGAUGGAGACCAACAUGGCCAUCUCGCAUGCGCCCUUCUUCGUCCUGAAUGAAACUGAAGUGCUGUCGCUGGUGGUGCCGAACUGUUCUGAAGAUUCCGCUGGCCCCCCCACUAAGCUGAGGUGGGAAGAUUUUGAAGAUGCUUGGCAUCACAUUCUCAACGACAGGCAGGCGGGCGAGACGAGGGUCGACAGCGUUGUGCUGGAGUUCGUCCGAGCCAGUUUGCCCACAGUCCUGCGAAGAGCCCCUGAGGAGCUUUAA